AAGUUUCAGUGUAAUGAAAGGGCAACUUGGAACCACAUUUUUCAUUACCUCACCUGCCCACUCCAAGGCUUCCAAAGCAAAGUUCCAACUUCUCUCUCUGUCUCUCUGUGUAGAUCAUCAAGUAAGAAAAAAAAGCCAAGACCCCAUCUCUGUGAAUCCAUUUGUCUCUGUAACAACAUCAAGAAAUGAGGUAUGAAACUUUGAACAGAUAUUUGGGGCCUACUUAGCCAAAAUUGGGAUUGGUGCAGUUUCAGAAUUGAUGGGUUUGUUCCAAUUCAGAACUUUGUGUCUUUGUCUCCUCCUUGUCUUUGAGAUAUGCAGCGCCAGCAAUGAAUAUGUUGGCAAGAUAUAUCCUGGAUUUCAAACAUCGCAUGGUGAAUGGGCUGAUAAUGAUGGGCUAUUCUUGCUUUCCAACAACUCGGCAUUCGCUUUAUCCUUUUACACUGCCCUGGAUGUCAAAUUGUUUCUGCUAGUAGUCAUUCACCUGGGUAGUUCCAAAGUGAUUUGGACUGCUAACAGAGGCUUGCUGAUCGACAAUUCUGAUAAAUUUGUCUUUGACAACCAGGGGAAUGUGUUUUUGGAAAGAGGGGAUGGUGUAGUUUGGUCUACAAACACAACAGGGAAAAGUGCUAAAUUCAUGGAGUUGCAGGACUCAGGAAACUUGGUCUUGUUUGCUGAGAAUAAACGUGUUCUUUGGCAGAGUUUUAGCCAUCCCACUGAUACCCUUUUACCUGGCCAGGUGUUCCAGGAAGGAAUGAAACUUAAAAGCUUUCCAAACCACAAAAAUUUGUCUCAUUAUCUUGCAUUCAAUUCAGGUGAUGUGGUCUUGUACGCAGGUUAUGCAACUCCACAAAUUUAUUGGUCCAUUUCAAAUGAUAGCAGGAAAACCAAUAACAGUGUCAGUGGCAGUGUUAAUUCUCUCUCUCUUAUUUCCAAUACAUGGAAUUUCUAUGAUCGAGAUGGAUCUUUACUUUGGCAAUUGGUUUUCUCUGACUAUAAUGGUACCGAUGCCUUGUGGGCUGCUGUUUUAGGCUCUGAUGGGUUAAUAUCAUUUUAUAAUCUUCAAAAGGGAAAGGGUGUCACUUCUGAGGCAACUAAGAUACCACAAGAGUCCUGCAGUAUUCCUGAGCCUUGUGAUCCAUAUUUUGUGUGCUAUUUUGACAACUGGUGCCAAUGCCCUACAUCUCUUAUCUCUGAAAAUAAUUGCAAACCUCAGACUGUCUCAACCUGUAAUAGCUCCCAAAGUUCAGUAGAGCUUUUAUAUGUUGGUGAGAGGCUUACUUAUUUUGCACUUGGAUUUGUUCAACCCCUUCUGAAGUCUAAUCUAAAUGCAUGCCAAGAAGCUUGCCUUGCAAGUUGCUCCUGCCUUGUGCUGUUCUAUGAAAAAAGUUCUAGGAAAUGCUUUCUAUUUGAUGAGAUAGGGAGCCUGCAACGUGCUAGUGAAGGUUCUCCUGGUUAUUUUUCAUACAUGAAGGUCCCAGUUAGUGGUGAUGGUAGACCAAGUAAUGCCAGAAGAAUGGAAAACAAGCAUAUUUUAUCAAUUGUAUUCAUAGCUAUUGCAACCGUAGUGGUUGUUCUUGGCCUACUUUAUGUGGGAUUCUGGUAUUACCACAGAAGGAAGGGAUUGCUGGAAUAUUCUGAAGAAAUAUCAGAAGAAGAUAAUUUCUUGAAUAGUCUUUCUGGGAUGCCUGCUCGUUUCAGUUAUAGUGAUCUCUGUCAAGCAACUAGAAAUUUCACUUCAAAGGUUGGUCAGGGAGGGUUUGGAUCAGUCUACCUAGGUGUUCUACCAGAUGAUACCCGCUUGGCUGUGAAAAAAUUGGAAGGCAUUGGGCAGGGGAAAAAGGAAUUUAGAGCUGAAGUUACGAUUAUUGGCAGUAUCCAUCAUGUCCAUCUAGUCAAGCUCAAAGGCUUCUGUGCUGAGGGUUCUCACCGGCUUCUUGUCUAUGAGUUCAUGGGUAAACAGUCUUUGGAUAAAUGGAUCUUUAAGAACAAAAAAGGGGGUCACUUGUUAGAUUGGGAUACAAGAUUCAACAUCGCAGUGGGUACUGCAAAGGGAUUAGCUUAUCUUCAUGAGGAGUGUGAAGUUAAAAUUAUUCACUGCGAUAUAAAACCUGAAAAUGUUCUUCUUGAUGAUAAUUAUGUAGCUAAAGUAUCAGAUUUUGGUUUGGCCAAGCUAAUGAAUCGAGAACAAAGCCUUGUGUAUACGACAUUAAGGGGUACAAGAGGUUACCUUGCACCUGAAUGGAUCACCAACUAUGCCAUAUCAGAGAAGAGUGAUGUAUACAGCUAUGGCAUGGUCUUGCUUGAGAUCAUUGGAGGAAGGAAGAAUUAUGAUCCAGAAGAGAAUUUGGAGAAAGCCUAUUUUCCUGUUUAUGCCUCAAAAUUGUUAGAAGCAGGAAAACUGACAGAAAUCUUUGAUUCUACGCUAGAGAUUGAUGAGAACGACGAAAGGGUUUCCACUGCAAUCAAAGUAGCAUUGUGGUGUAUACAGGACGAAAUGCAUUUAAGGCCGUCGAUGACCAAAGUAGUUCAAAUGCUUGAAGGUCUUUCCGCCGUACCUUCACCACCAACCUUCUCUCAGCUUAGUUCUCACUCAAGUUUCUACAAAUGGAGCACUGAAGAGGCAUCUUCUUCAGGACUGCUUGAUUUUAGUGAUGUACUCAUGUCAGACGUUCGGCUAUCAGGCCCAAGAUAGGAAGCAAUUUUUACUUUACUUUCUUUCUAAAUGUGGAAAGUUCUAUCUUAGGCUUUCAUCUUGUUGCUAUUAUAUGUUACAACAUUUUGUAUACUGAAUAGAUAUCAAAAUGAAUGGCCAAUGCCAUUCAAAGCAUUUGUUUCCUUAGGAAAUGGAUAUCCAUUAAUAACAGUGAAUAGCCAUUCCCAUA